AUGGGUGAAUUUUCAACACCAUCGUAUGGAGACGCGCCUUACUGGGAUGCACGAUAUGAGAAGGAGGGCCCUGAAAAAACGUUUGAUUGGUACCAACAGUACACAGACUUGGCUCCCCUAUUUGAUCUUUACAUGGACAAAGCAUCCAAAGUGCUCAUGGUGGGAUGCGGCAAUGCGGUUCUCUCAGAGGAUAUGGUCCAGAACGGAUACCAAGACAUCUGGAACAUUGACAUCUCCUCGGUAGUGGUGGACUUCAUGAAAAAGAGGAACGCUAAUAUCCCGCAGCUAAAAUAUGACACGAUGAAUGUUUGCUCCAUGGGGUUUGACGAGUCUACUUUUGAUGUUGUUCUUGACAAAGGGACACUGGAUGCCAUCCUGGUCAGCACCAUCCCUAACGCUAUUACAUACGGUGAUCCGCAAGUACGCUUGUCGCACCUGCGAGUUGACAAAUUGAAAUGGACCAUCAAAGUUCAUGCCUUGCCAAGGCCUGGAGCAAGUGCUGAGUGUAUCAUGGCGUCCCUUGCAACAACCGCCUCGACGCCCACUAUGACCCCGAUUAGAGCUGCAUUUCUGCAGAAGACGCUUUCGAAUCCCCGAUAUAGUCUUCUGCGAUCCGGGUCAGUUGCGCGCCAUUCUUCAACACGGCCAGUCGUGUCCUCGCUGACGAAUGAUCCUCGGCCAGACGCCAUCGGACUUGCCGUCUCUUGUCGGCCCGUUCCUGUUUCAUCCACUAGUCUGAUGCGCGAAGCUGAUGACACCCUAAGCAAGCUUCCCUUCAUGAUCUCUGCGCCGUUUCUGCUGCAAUGCCUGACUGCGUUCCCCGCGUUGGCUGAGGAGUUUUCGUCAUCGUAUUCUCCAGAAAGUUACUACGCAUCCCUCGGUCUCUUCAUAAUCUCCAUACCUGGCCUUUAUUCGCUCAUCAAACGCGCCACAAAAUCCAAGAUAGUGCGAAAGACGUUUGAGGUGCCGGGUCCUGCGGUGCCUGGUGCGAAGCCUCUGGCGGUCUUGGCCGGCGAGGUGACGGCAUUCCUCCAACGCAACAACUACAAGGUCAUCGACAUGAAGGAUACUGUCACAUUUGAGGGGAAAUUGGAGCCUAGCCGCAGCCAGGCAGCCUUUCUUGUGUUCUGCACAGCUCUGAGUCUUGCAAGUGUGGCUCUAGUGCUCACCAUUACAAACCCAGAGAUUGGUGAAUGGUGGUAUUCAAUGAUCGGCAUCUCACCCCUUGCAGGUGUUUAUUACUGGACCAAAUCUAGUCGCACGGAGCAGAUGCAAGUCAAGAUGGUAACUUCAGACGAUGAAAAGGUCACUGACAUUACGUUUCAAGGGGAUGAUGAGAUUAUUGACCGGUUGCGACGGGAACUGCAGAUAAUGGAGAAGGAGGGAAUGGCCAAGGAAGCUUCGAACGCGGAGGUCGCACUUCCAGAUAAGCUGGAUUCCAGCAAGCUUGUUGCAGAAACAGUCGAUGGCGUGGCCGGGGAAAUCCCUGUUAUCGCGUACACGGAAAAGGUCUUGGCAGAGAAAGAAGCGAACUUAAGAAAGAUCAUCCAGGACAACUACGCGAAGAUCCAGGCGGUGGAGAAGGAGCUGGAGGCGCUGCACCUGGAGGUGAAGCUCACGUCGGGCGCCAAGAAGGCGGGCAUGGAGCUGCUGCGCCAGAAGAUCGAACAGAGUACGGAGAAGGCCAGGCUGCUGCGCAAGAAGGAGGAGCAGGCCAAGAAGGUAUGGGAGGCAGCAGCGAAGCUGGUGGAGGAAGAGGAGAAGAGGAAGCAGCAGCUGUGUGAUGACCUCAGGAUGAUGGUGCAGCAGAACGCACUGCAGCAGUACGAGCGGUUGGAGGCGCUGACGCACAAGCUGGAUGCACUCAACCCCGAGAUGAGGGGGCCCGCCCUGGAGGCCAUUCAGGGCCUGCGCGCCAAGAUCGCUCCCCACGGCGUCCUCCCCGUCUAUACGCCGAAUGCUGAUCCAGCAACGCAAGGCAGGGAGGCACCUGCAUCUGCCCAGGGCACAUGUGCCCCAUCAGCUGCCCCUACGGACGCUACGAGCAGCACGGCGCCCGCGUCAACGGCAGAUGCUCCUGCCACCACCCCCAAAGCCCAGGGGGCAGAUGGGGACGCACAGAGCCAAGGGCAGGAAAGUAGCUCUGGCGCCACAGCAGCAGCAACAGCAGCAAAUGGCAGUAAAGGAGCGGAUGGGGGAGGAGCUCCAGCAGCGCGGCUGUCCAUAAGCCGAGGGAGAGGCAGGGGGCGGGGGAGGGGGUUGAUUGCCAAGGGGGGAAACAAGGCGGGAGGGGAUGGGCAGUGGACGGGGGCAGGGUUUGAUGUUGAGGAUGAGAGCUUUGCAUGA